CUUCUUCUCUUUCAUUUUUUAGCUGCUCAUAAACCCUAAAAAUCCUCUCUUUCUCAAACUUUUUUCCUACCUCGAUUCUUAGCUAUGGAGUUCUGGGGAAUUGAAGUUAAACCAGGGAAGCCAGUUACAGUGACUCCUAAAGAAGGGACUCUUAUCCACGUUUCUCAGGCAUCGCUUGGAGAAUGUAAAAACAAGAAAGGAGAAUUUGUGCCUUUACAUGUAAAGGUUGGUAACCAGAACUUGGUUCUGGGAACUCUAUCAACUGAGAACAUCCCUCAGCUUUUCUGUGAUUUGGUAUUCGAAAAGGAGUUUGAGCUUUCUCACACUUGGGGAAAAGGAAAUUCAGAGGAAGAAGAGGAAGAAGAGGAAGAGGUUGAAGAAGUUCCUGCCACCAUUACUGCUAAUGGGAAUGCUGCUAAGGCUGUAGCAAAACCAAAGGCUAAGCCUGCAGAAGUGACAAAGACUGCAAAGCCAGCUGCUGAUGCUGAAGAGGAUGACUCUGAUUCCGACGAAGGAAUGGAUGAAGAUGAUGACGAUUCAGAGGAAGAAGAGGAGACACCUACUCCUAAGAAGCCUGCAUCAAGCAAGAAGAGAGCAAAUGAGACUGCCCCUAAAACACCUGUGUCAUCAAAGAAGGCGAAAGUAGCAGUUACUCCUCAGAAAACAGAGGAGAAGAAUAAAGGUGGAAAGACCCCCAAGACUGCAACCCAGAGCCCAAAGUCUGCCAGUCAAGUUUCCUGCGGUUCAUGCAAAAAGACUUUCAACUCAGGGAAUGCACUUGAGUCUCACAACAAGGCCAAGCAUUCUGCCGCCAAGUGAAGUGGUUUCUUAGAGCUUAUCAAAUAUUCCUCUCUUUUGUGUUUUGAGUAGGAUCAUUAUGAU